CGGGAGAUCGCAAUGUUUUGGGUCUAUUUGCUGAUCGUAAGGUCCGCCCACAGACUGAAUAAGCUUCGCCCACUGGCUUCGCUUGUCUUGAUGAGAGCAGAUGGAGUUUUGUCACCCCGAUGAACAGAGUGGUCAGAAUACUGGAAAUCCAACCCUCGGAAGUUUUGCGAUUUUUGCAAAUGUUGGAUAGCUGACAACAAGCCGAGCAUUGACUUCCACGAGCGGGGGAAGCGGCACAAGGACAAUGUACAGAAGCGGUUGGCGGAGAUGGGCAGGAAGGGCCAGGAAGACUAUGAAGCCAAACUACAAGAGCAGGAUUUUCUCAAGAGUAUGGAAGAGGCUGCUAUGAAGGCAUACAAGAAUGAUGUUGAGCAGAAUCCAGAUAUGACAGGAGCAAAAAUUAAUGAGAUAGCAAAGGCAAACAAUGCUGAACUUGUAGUGGGAAAGAAGAAAAGUGAUGCAUCAGACACCACCACCACUUCCACCACGGCCAGCACAGCCACCACUACCUCCAAGCCUGCUGGUGGUGGUGCACCCAAGGUCUGGCACGAGGCCAAGUCUCCUGAUGGAACAUCUUACUAUUGGAACACAGAGUCUGGAGAAUCUACAUGGGAUGUGCCAAAGGAUGGUUUCUUGUCAGUAAAGGAACAGGAACGAUUAACAGAAAAGACCACCACCACCAAUCACACAGCCUCAGCAGACAAGUCAUCCCACACCAUAAAGAAGAAAUCACAGACUACAGUGUCAUCAGCACCUAUGAUGUAUGGACCAGCACCAAAGGCUGUAGCAUAUUCAACCUGGCAGACAGUGAAAAUGAGUGACAAGAAGGAAGCGGUUGACCUCCAGCUUCCACAGAUUGUGGAAGAAGGUUACUAUGCACCUGAGGUGGUGAUCAGCAAGCCAGAAGUGUCAUUCAAGGAAAAGGUUGUGACACUGUCUGACCAGGGAGAGGAAGGAGGUCAGGGCAGUGUUGGCUUCAAAAAGAGGAAAGCACAACAAGACAGUAGAAAAUUUAUGAAAAGAAGAAAUGAUUUGUAAUACCGAUACAUAAGACUUGUGCUUUCAGGAUAGUGUUAAGGUAUGAAAAUUACAAAUUAAGGAUUUUAAUGUAACUAGUGUGAUGCCAUUUUCUUGAAAUUAUUCUAUAUUCUACAUCUGACAUCUGAUCAUUCACAAUAAUACUCUUGGCAUAAUUUUUUUUAGCUAUAGCUGAUGGGAAUAGACAAAUAGAUAAGUAGAUUGAUAGCUAGAAAGAAUAUGAAGUAAUUUCAGUGAAGAUGGCCACAUGUAUUGUGACCACUCCUUGGUGAUGGGAAAGUAAAAGCAAGUCAUGUAUUAGAUCAAACCACCAUAUUGCACACACAUAUUGGGUGCAGAGACUGACUUGAAGGUUCAUCUUUUUGUAAACAAGUUUAGGGUGUUGCUCUCCAAAACUGAAGUGUAGAGCCUCUUCCAUGUCGUGGUGACUGAUGUAUAGAAGAUGAUCAGGAGAAUGUAACUUUGGUAUGUGUACGUCUCAAAUUGGUGUUAUUCUUCAUCCUUUUGAAGUAGGUCAGAAGAAUAACACCGUUGCCUUAACAUUAGGUUAUCUGAAGUUUCUGGUUCCUCUUUUUCUCAUGCACCCAAGGGACAGUGCUAGAGAUUUGGUACUCAGGAAUGGGUGAGUCAUCAUUUCACCUCAUCCAAUAUUUUUUUUUAUCCCUUAUUAUAAGAGGAGGAACACACUGGUUGAGUUUAUCUAGUGACAAGACCAUACGGAUUUGAAUAAAACAACUAAAUAAAA